GCAGGCUUAACUCACCAACCAAUCAAAACUUGCUUCCUAUCAGCAUUCCCUCGGAAGCAGCAGAAGAAAAGAGAAAUGUAAAAUGGAAUAGAAAAAAGAUUGAAUCUUUUGGAUACAAAGAGAAAGAAAAACAAAAACCCAGUUGGUAAACUUUAGCCAAAAUUUUAUCUUGUGGGAAUUUACCUGGUUUGUAGUGGAUUUCCCACUCUCAUUCAAUGGUGGGUGCAUUCUCACCAUCUCCGACCAACACUGCCUUGUCUUUUAACCCAUCUCCUUCAUCUUCACCUUCCCAUUUGUCACUGCUAAUCAAGAAUUCCAUCUUUGGUUCCAGCGGACUUUCUUCAAAACACAAUUGUUUUCUUAGAGGUCAAUUCUCUAGCAGACACUUUCUCCAGUUCAGUUCCAAUCAUGCCCCAAGAAAUCGAGAAGGACUUGUGGUAUCACCGAGCUGUGUACUUCCAUUAACCGAAGAAAAUGUGGAAAAGGUUUUGGACGAGGUACGACCUGGCUUGAUGGCCGAUGGAGGAAAUGUGGCGUUACAUGAAAUAGAUGGCCUUGUUGUGAUUUUAAAACUGCAAGGAGCAUGUGGUUCGUGCCCAAGUUCAACAAUGACACUAAAGAUGGGAAUUGAAACUCGACUGCGAGACAAAAUACCAGAAAUCAUGGAAGUGGAGCAGAUCCUGGAUACUGAGACAGGUCUUGAGCUAAAUGAGGAGAAUGUCGAAAAGGUUCUUGCCGAGAUUAGACCUUAUCUUGCUGGCACUGGAGGUGGAAUACUUGAGCUGGAAGAAAUCAAUGACUAUGUUGUCAAAGUUCGGCUAAGUGGACCCGCAGCUGGGGUCAUGACAGUCAGGGUUGCACUAACACAAAAACUGAGGGAAAAAAUUCCUGCCAUUGCAGCUGUACAGCUGAUAGAAUGAUACAUCCUCCGGAAAUACAGUUAUAUAUUGUAAAGCAGAGAAUAGGGAAAUAGUUUUUCACAUCCAGUUUAUUCAUAGAGGAAUAAUGUAAUUAAACAUUUUACCUUUCAAAAGUUUUGAUUUUGAUGUUAAUAUAUGUUAUUUGGUUC